AUGCUGGAGGACUGGAGGUCUCUCGCCAGUAGGAAACUGCGGGGCGGGGAGUCUCAGGAGCGGAGCGUCAAGGCUCUGCUGGUGGCCGCGUACUCCCUCAUCAUCGUUAUCUCCCUCUUCGGGAACACGCUGGUGUGCCAUGUGGUGGUGAAAAACAAACGCACCCAGUCCGCUACCAGCCUGUUUAUUAUGAACCUGGCUGUGGCAGAUAUCUUCAUCACUGUGCUCAAUACGCCCUUCACCCUGGUCCGGUUUGUGAACAGCACGUGGGUGUUCGGGUGGACAAUGUGUCACAUCAGUCGGUUUGUGCAGUACUGCUCCCUGCAUGUCUCCACUCUCACCCUGACUGCCAUCGCACUCGAUCGACGACAGGUGAUUUUGCAUCCUUUAAGACCUCGCAUGUCUCCAGAACAAGGCGGAGUCUGGGUUGCAGUAAUCUGGAUAAUGGCCAGCUGCUUUUCCCUCCCACAUGCAAUCUACCAGAAACUUUUAACUAUUUCUUACAGUGAUGAAAAGGAGCGCAGCCUAUGUGUCCCAGACUUCCCUGAGCCUUCAGAUGUGUUCUGGCAGUGCAUCGACCUUCUGACCUUUGUUUUACUUUACAUGCUGCCCCUUCUUAUCAUCACUGUGUCCUACACCACAGUGGCCUGCCGGCUGUGGCGCCACAAUGCCAUUGGCGACACUACUAAAGCUCAACAUGCCGCCCAGAGAAAAAAGAGGCGGCGGACAUUGGCCAUGCUGCUCCUGGUGGUCGGGGUGUUCGCCGUUUGCUGGUUCCCGCUCAACUGCUAUGUUGUGCUGCUGUCGAGUCAGGCAAUCGAGCACUCUAACGCCGUCUACUUCUGCUUUCACUGGCUGGCUAUGAGCUCCACCUGCUACAACCCCUUCAUCUACUGCUGUCUGAACCCCACAUUCAGACAAGAGCUGAGGCUUCUGGUAGAUAUGUGCAAGCGGAAACGCAGGGUGGCAGUUGACUUGGAGCCAGGGUCUCGCCUUGCAGCUGCCUCCGCUCCUCGACUCAGGGAAGCCUGGCCCGACAACCACGAUUCCUCAAGUGCAAGGCAUGCUCUGUCUCACCCAGGCCACAUCUCCUCACAACAGGCGCUCACAGGAAGGACCGACAUCUUCUCAGUGGAGCCCAUCGUAGCUGUGAGCUAA